CCUUACAUGCAGAAGUUGCCUGUGACAGCCCCUCAAAACUUCUCUCGGCGCAUAUGCAACACAAGACAUUACACGGGGACAUCACUGAGCGACAAGGGUGGGCCUGGAGUGUGAUAGGAGCAACUUUCGUUCUCCCCGUCAAUGAAUUAUCCGAGGCGGAUUCUUUUCUGGCGAUUUACGCACACUUGAUACGGAAUUACCAGUGCAUGCGGUGCGCUUGCAAGAUGUUUUGGAUUUCCUCCCAUGGACCGACUUUUGUUUGGACAGUCACUCGAUCUGCCCUGGACUACCGAUAGGGAUCUUUGGGACUUUGAAGCUUGGACUUUUUUUUGGUCACGGACUAAAACUAUUAUGCGCAAAACAGAAGGCGCAGGUUCAGGAAUUCUCUGAUGGAUGUUGUAAUUUUUCCUUUCCCUUUUUCUUGCUCUCGCCUAAGUGAGUGAUGAUUGAUUCGGAUGUGUCAGCACCACCGCGCGCUCAUCCGAGCAGUCCACAGUCCCGAAGGUCGACAAAGUAGGAAACCACCUGUUGCGAAUGUUUCCAAAAACUUCCCACGGAUAUAAUAUGCCCAAGACACAAGGAGACAUCUACUGGGAAAUAUAAAUAUAUGGAACUGUAAGUAAAUGAGGAGUAUGUUGCCAUGGUGGCGCGAGUUAAAAUGAGGAGUCUACUUGACCAACAGUUGGUGCUCUCAGAAUGGCUCGUGAGGAUUCGGUAAAGUGCUUGCGCUGCCUGCUCUACGCUCUCAAUUUACUCUUCUGGCUGAUGUCCAUCUGUGUGUUGGGAGUGGCAGCCUGGCUCCGAGAUUACCUGAACAAUGUGCUCACCCUGACCGCCGACACCAGGCUGGAGGAGGCGGCCAUCUUGACGUACUCCCCGGUGGUGCACCCGGUCAUCAUCGCCGCAUGCUGCUUCCUCAUCAUCGUCGCCAUGGUGGGCUACUGCGGAACCCUCAAGUGCGAUCUGCUGCUGCUCUCAUGGUAUUUCGGCUGUCUGCUGGUGAUCUUCUGUGUGCAGCUGGCCAGCGGGGUGUGGACCUACGAUGAGCCAGCGGUGCAAAGGGCGGACAUGAUUAGCCUAAAGUCCAGGAUGCCCAACUAUGGACUCCAGCGCUACCAGUGGCUCACGCAUGCUUGGAAUUCCUUCCAGACGGAGUUUAAGUGCUGUGGGGUGAUCUACUUCACUGAUUGGUUGGAGAUGACAGAGAUGGAGUGGCCACCUGACUCCUGCUGCUCCAAUCAGUAUCCUGGAUGUGCUCGCCACGCCCACUAUGGUGACCUCAGCGACCUUCAUCAAGAGGGCUGCGGUCCAAAGAUGUACAGCUUCAUCCGGGGCACCAAGCAGCUGCAGGUGUUGCGUUUCCUGGGCGUGUCCAUCGGCGUGGCCCAGAUCCUGGCCAUGACCCUCACGCUGACCCUCCUCUGGGCCCUCUACUACGACCGCAAGCCUCCCGAACCACCCCUGACUGGCACCGGCACCGGUGGUGACCCCCCUAAUAAUGCCCCAAACACCACCCCCAUCAGUGCUGGUGGAUCUGGAUCCGGACCGGCGGCGCUGGACCCCCACCACGCUCUGCUGUGCCUGGCCAUGCCCGAGAGCGGUCCCCAGAAGACGGGGCACCAUCUGCGGGCUCACGAGGCGGCGUGGCCCGGCCUGGCGAUGGCGUCCCUGCCCAACGGACACACGCAGCUGGAGAUGGAGCAGUUGUCAUAGCAGUAGAGAACCUGGUCUCCAAACUAAAGGCCCACACGCGGGCCAAAUCCGGCACGGGCAUGGCAAACAUUUGGCCCGCCAUGAAGUUGGAACAAAUGAAAACAUGCAUGUAUGCCAUAGAGUCGGUUGAUUUGUUUGGUGCUGAGCCUCAUUUGCAAGACAAAAAUUGGCCCUUGGAGAACCACUGCAGUAGAAGAUGUUGUGCGAGGGUGACAUUGGACCCACAGGCUUCGUCGUAAUAGGACUGUGAUAUGGAAAAGAGGUGGAGUGAGGUACCUAAAGACUAGCCUGAUUAUCAUCGACGUUCAAAUCUCUUCCAGACUUGGUCUGACCAAGAGCAUAACAAUUAACGUUUCCCAAAUGGCAUGGUUGACCUGCGUCCCUUUGGUGUGCUUAUGGAUGUUUGCUUAUUGGCAAAGUGGGAGGAUUUGUGGGAACUCACAAAGUACUUGCAUUGCUCUUGACCUGACAAGUUGCAACGCUGAAAGUGUUGCGUCACUAGGAGGGCACAGUUAAGCUACCUAAAGACUGCCUGGUUGCCUGGGUUACCUACCUUCACCCUCUGAGAAAACAUCACUCCCACAUCCACAUCCACCUCCUGCCUUCACUUGAUUGGACAGAUGUUGCAUGGGGGAAGAAGACAAAGAACA